AUGCAACUUCUUAAGAAAUCCGACCCCGAUUUAAGGACUCGACCCCGAUAUAAUCAUACACCAGCAGAUCAGCUGAAAUUCAGAACACGCACUGUGACUUCGAGCAAUAGAUCCGCACAGUAUAUCCGCAUAGCAUAUCACAACACGAGUAUACUAAAUUCCUCGACGGAGCAGCGAGACAACGAUGGAACCCCGAUCACUUUUAGCAAGGAAGGUUCACAGCAACAAAUAAUGUCUAAAGAUGUCAGCAAGGUGGACAAACUACCCCCUCUUCCUCGAGAUCGUCUAGCCCAGCUGUUCCCCCGACGUCGCUCUCGAGUCUCCUCCUCGUCCUCCGAUGGCGCUCCUGGCGAGACUCCUGAGGCUCGUUAUCUCGCCGCCACGAAGGAACUUGUCCUCACGAGGUAUACUCACCAGAGCACAACGAGGAUGAACUCUGAGUGUGAAAGUUAUGACGAAAGCACGGAAGAAAACAUACAGAUAAUAAAGAAGGAUAUGGAAGGAGAUGAGAAGAGAUCUAGCGGAUCUUCUUCUCCUCCCAAACACUUGUGCAGUUCGAUCAAAGAGAAGCUCGAGCAGACGAAGGAGCAGAUGCAGCAGACGCGGAAGAAGAGCAGCAACAAGGUGGGCGUGGAGAUGCCGGCGGACGUGGACUCCAGCUGGGACCGCCCGCCGCCCUGCCCCUCCGCCCGCUUCAGAGUGGCCAGCGGCGCCAGCCAGUUCCGCGAAGUCAACUUCAGCGUGCCGCCCGCCGGGGGGUUUGGGGCGCUGGCCAAGGCCGAGCCUGAGGCUGAGGCGGGCGAGGGCGCGCACAAGGUCGAGUCGGCGGUGUUCGGCAGCACCCAGCACUUGCCGAGGGCGGACGAGGAGGAGGAGGAGGGGGAGGGGGAGGGGGUGAAUGCGGAAGGCGGCGAGGGCGUCGGCGAGGCGGGAGAAGGGCAAGGCGACGAGAAGGAACCGGACGACGACGCCGGCGACGCCGAGAAGGCAGGGACGUCCUCAGAAGGCGAGAAGGCGGACUCGGCGUCCAGAAUUGGGGAGGACGUAGAAGCGACGGUCGACGACAAGGGCGGCCGCCGCUCGGAGGAGAAGUACGCGAUCGUGGGCGCCGACGCCUCCGAGGAGCCGGACCAGAGGGCGAGCGGCAGCGGCGGGGCGGUGGCGCGCCGGCUGGUGCAGGUCCCGCAGAGUCUCAACCUGGCCAGGAACGGCGCCCUGGAGUCCGAUUUCCUCCGCUUCUCGUCGGGCGCCAGCACCAGCAAGGGCGGCUGCCAGACGUCCCUCGGGGGCUCCAUGACGGAGGACACGGAGCUCUCGUGCGGGUCGACGAGGACGCUGGACGACGAAGAGAGGAAGCCGACGAGGCCCUUGGCGCCGAAGGACGACCGCGAGAGGCCCGUCCUCACCGCCACGUCCCUGGCCAUCUACACGAACAUCGAGCAGAACGGGUCGCGCUCGGGCACGUGCCUCCUGUGCACCACCGCCGUCUGCACCUUCAUCGUGACCAUGGUCCUCGCCGUCGGCAUCCUGAUCGCGCCCAAGACGCUCGCCGUGAAGGAGCCGACGAAACGGCCGCUCCCGGAACCCGCGCCGCCAGCGCCGCCCGCGCUGCCCGCCAGCACCAACGCCUCCUCGGAGACUCCCUCCGUCGCGGCUCUGCACGUCCUGACGAUCACUCGGAUGCAGAGGGCUCGUCAGGUGGACGGCCGGAAGCGCACUUCUAGCACGCGCUCUGUGACGACCACGCCUCCCGCGACAUCAGGGCACGCGCCGGACACAAUGCCUAUGCACCUUGCAUCCCCCACAACUUCUGCAAUGCACUCCUCCUCCGCAAGACACACGGAAUACACCCUCAAGUUCCUCAGACCGAGCGUGCACUCGCCCUACAGAGAAGCCACCUUCUCUCCCUCCAGAUCCUCCCCCGCCACGGCCGUCACGCCCCUGGCCGGGCUCUCCACCUCGACACUGUUCCGAAAAAUGAUGUUUCCCUCCUUAUCCUCCGGCGUCACUUCUCCAUCGUCAUCGCCUCCCGAAAACACUUCCCCGCCGUCCUCUCCCGAACACUCCCCCCCUUCUUCAUCGCCUGCGGACGCGUUCAUAACCUCCUCCUCCUCCUCCUCCUUCAGGCAAACCCAAAACCCCGUCACCGCCCACACGCACACGCCACCCUUGACUUACACCCCAGAGACAUCAUCCGCGAGAAAUACCACAGCGACUGCGUCAUCUUCAUCGCCUUCUUCACGAUAUUACUCGCCCACCACGACUUUCCUUCCUCCUACACCUGCGGGGCGAGAGAGAAGGGAUUAUCUGUCGGAGGAGAGAGUUCUGUUAUUCGGACAAAGCCAUCGGAAAAAGCGAAUGAACUGA